AUGAUCACCCGAUAUUAUAAGAGUUUUUCAGAAAAGGAAAUUUAUGAGUGUCCUUAUGUCGGGUAUACUUUGCGCACGAACAGUUGCAAAGAAUAUGUAGAACAUAGGAAAACGCAUGACGAACCAUUUAUUUACGAAUGCAAAGAACCGAAUUGUGGAAAAAAGUUCAUUUAUGGCACAUCAUUUAACUGUCACAAGAGUAGAAAACAUCAACCAAAUCAACCUAAAUGUUGA